AUGGGAUAGACUAACACUAGUACGAUUAUAAGAUAGGAAGCUCUAAAUUUAGCUUAGAAGAAUUCAAAAUGGAGAGUUAUCAAUGAUGCUUAUGAAAUAAAUUAAUGUUUGUUAAUGUCAUCUGUGAUUGAUUAAAUAUCGUAUGAUUUAAGUAGUGUAAGUUAUAAAGUAUCAAGUAUGACUGUGAAUCCAUUAACUUAUGAUGCAGUCUCUUAUGAAUUGUUAAUGAAGGAAGAUAGAAUGCAAAUGUAAUCAAAGAUAAUGUAUAAAUACGAAGUAUUGAGACCUUAAUAGAAACAAAGAAAAUAUAAAACAGUAACAACUUAAACUGAAUUAACAUCAAAUGAUGAAAUCUUUUAGUAUUCAUCUGAUAGAAAAUAAUAGCGUAAUAAUCAUAGUUUUGGAUCUGAAAUUAUAUAUAAAUAUUAGGUUAAUGAAAGAGGAAAAUCACAAACUGAUGAGAAACCAAAUAAAAAGGAAUAGAGAUUAAAAGGGGAUAAAAUAUUUCAAGAAGUAUAAGUACCAAAAACCAUUAAUAACAAGAGAUCAAAUUCUUUGGAGAGAACGAACAUUUUUAAAUUAGAGUAUGAAUAAACUGAAAAUUUUUCGAAUGAUUAAACCGAAAAUGCAAGCAUUUCAUCAAUCAGUUAAAAUUUUGCAAAUUUAAAAAAUCAUCCUUCACACAAUGAAGAAAAGUCAUAUAUAUAAAAUGAUAGAUAUUGGUCUUCGAGUCAUUCAUCUACUUUUAUAGAUAUACCUGUGAAUACUGGCCCUAGAUCUUAAACUUAAAAAAAUUUAUCUUAGAAUAAUAAAUAAUAAUAAAAUAAUGCUGAUUAAAAGGUAUAAUAAAAAACAAUUAAUCUUCAAGAUGACAAUUACCGUUUAACGUAAUAGUAAUCCUUUGGAUAAUUGAAAAUAUAAGCAUUAUAAUAAUAGUAAUAAUAAUAAUAAUAAUAAUAAUGCUAGUAAUAAUAAUAGUAAUAACAUUAGUAAUAAUAAUACUCAUAAAAAAAUAAAAUAACUUAUUAAUAGGAUUAAAUGCAGUUUUAAUAGUAAUAAUCAUAGUAAUAAAAAUAAUAAUAGUAAAUAAUAUAAUAAUAAUAUUACUAGUAAUAAUAAUAACUUUUAUUUCAAAAUUAAGAAAAGACAUCCUAAAAUACUUUUUAGAAUAAUAAAGGAGGAUUUAAUCAAGGAUUCAAUAAUCCAAUCACAAAUAAUUUAUAAAUUGAGUCAAGUCCUCAUUAAGGGUAUACUUAAAUUCAUUCAAAUAAAAAGAAAAACUAAUAUUCUAAUUAAUUUGGAACUUCUCCUAUCAAUAAUUUCUCUUAGUAACAAUAAUAGAGGAAUCCUAAAUUAUAAUAAUAUCAAUAAUCACCAAAAUAAUAAGUAUAGUAAUAGUAAGGAUCUCCUUAAGCUUCAAUCUAGUAAUCUUUAUAAUCUAGUGAAGGACAAUAAAAAGAAUCUAUGCGUUAAUAAUUUGAUAGGUUACUUAGGGAGAGCUAAAGUUAAAAAGAUUAUUGGAAAUUAAUUAAACCAAAAAACAUAAAGGUUCCUGGUGAUUCAGAAGGUGAUUAGAAUGGAGAGUAGUAAAAGAAAAAAUAAAAAAGUCCUGACUAUUAUAAUAAGCUUAAACAAAACCAUUUAAAAAAGAGUCAAUCUCCUGUUUCUCUUAAAAUGUAACAAUAAAAUCUUUAUAAAAGCAAUAAUACUAAUAAUAAUAAUAAUAAUAAUAAUAAUAAUAAUAAUAAUAAUAAUAAUAAUAAUAGAUAUAAUUAGAAUAAUUAAUGUGAAGUGGUAAAUGUUAUGAAUACUUCUCCAGAAAAAUAGAUUUAAACACUUUAAGAUGCUCGAUAAAAUCAAUAAUAACUUAGAAUAUAGAAUAAACAGUAAAAUAAUUUACAUUUGGAAGAACUUAAUUAUAAAAUCUAGGACAUUCAAAAACUUAAUUUACAAUUAGAUGAAAAAAGUAAUAAAUUGUUUGGGUAAAUAAAAUAAGAUGUUUCAAAUUUGUAGACUGCUAUAACAUAGAAUAUUUCUCCAUCAGAAAGAGGAUUAAAAAAAAAAGAAACAAUAAAAAAUGGAAUAAAUUUAGAUGAUUUAUUAGACUAUGAAUAAGGUUCGAUCAACUUAGAUGAAUUAGCUAGUUACAGAGGUAGUUAAGAGUACAAAGUAUUAGAUAAUUACCAAAAUUUUUGA